AUGCUUCUAUUUUUACUUAGUGCUCUUACACGUCUGUUAGCUUCUAAAGAUCUCGUUUGUCAUCCGUUUCUAAGCGAAUUUUCGACGCUACUUUUCCGUACCACUGCGAAUCUUCAAUAUAUUGAAUUGACUGUAACGGAGGAGUGCCGAAGCAAUGUGCAAGCUAUGAAGAUUGCCUCCUAUGGUCUCUUAGUACUUAAUACGAAGUCACCUCUGGUAAUGGGGACUCCUUUACCGCCUUGCACGUUCGACGACAUAUGA